UUACGGAAUACACCCAACGACUCACGGGUGGUCAAUGUCGUUCAGAAUACUCUCGCGCAUGAUGUUUUUGAUCCCGCCAUUAUCUCACACGUCCCCUCCACAGAUUACGAAUCAGAUAACCGUAUCGUGGUCAGCUGUGCUUGACAGUCGAAUCGAGUGUGUGUUUGUAUCAGGUGUCCACAAAACUUAGCCUCAACAAAUAUGUGACAACAAUGAAAACUUGUGUAACGAUUACAGAAUUCCAUUAAAAACUGGGGAAAUACAUAUAUACGCGAUAAAAUAACCAAAAAACAUGUACAGUAUCGAGAUACGGAAUCGAACUUUUCGAGUUCAAAAUACAAUUUCUUUGGCCGUAUUAGCAACUUUUUAAAAGCAAAAUAUAAACGCUUUUUGGUUCACAAAAUGGAAAUUUUAAACGCUCAAUUUGGAAUACCAACAAAAUAUAUGGAACUAUCGGAUGGGAAAAUUUGUGCUACAGUUCAUAAAAAUUGGUUGGCUAAUUUGUGGACCAUUGGUCCUAUCCAAUUUCUUAUUCACGAACGCUUGUCCAUGGACGAAAUUGCUGCCAGACCGUCGUUGGAAGAUUUGGGUCCUAACUGGACCAGGAUUUAUAUCAGAGUUUAUGAGAAACAGAACAAAAAUGCUAUCCCUUUGCCAAGAGACAGACAUUCCACGAGCGCCAAAGUACAGCCCGAGUUGACUUUUGCUCAAUUGUUGCGUUAUGUUGCUGAAACAAAUUAUAGGAACUUAUGGAAGGAAUCCUACAAAAAACAUUAUAGCCUGUGGAACUCAUGGGAACUGAAAGAACAAUCUCACGCUCUCCCAAGUAGCAGUGAUGUGGCAGUAAUGCGAGAAAUUUUGGCACGAAUGUACGGCUGUUCGCUAAUUAAGAUUCGUAAUGGUCAUGUCAUUGGAGUGAAUCCAAGAGCUACAAGUACUUCACACUGUAACUUAUUGCCGGCAUUGCUCGCUGUAGAAACAUCCCUUGCUUUCAUGGUAUUUCACGAACAAACAGCACGAUAUUCUUUGCAAGAAUGUGUUAUGUACAGUCCUGCUGCUUUGUCGACAAGCUACAGCAAACCCCUUUUCCUCAUAUACCAACUCCUAUGCUUGUCGAGAGAUCUUUAUGAUCAGGGUCUUGCUUUGGGCGAAAUAACUCUUGGAGAUAUAUUGAUCAUGGAUAAUUUCACAAUUCAGGUGAUGCCAAAAUUGAGCGACAAUAUUUACCUUAAAUCGGAGUUCGACAAUGACCAACAAACAACACGAGAGAAUCAAUCAUCGCCGUCGCAACAAAAAAAAAUAGGAAGCCCAUCAAAGCUCGGUGUGACGACUGGGAAUCCCGAAUUCGGCCGAAACGAGAGUAUCGCAAAAGUUUGCGAGUUAUGGCUUCAUGGUCACAUAAGCAAUUUCGAUUAUUUGACAGCAUUAAAUAAUCUCGCUGGUCGGCGAUACGGCGAUCCAAGUUGUCAUCACGUUAUGCCAUGGGUCACAGAUUUUAGUUCACGCUGCGGUAGAAAUUGGCGAGACCUCACCAAAUCGAAAUUCCGACUGAAUAAGGGCGAUCGACAAUUGGAUCUCACUUUCGACUCGCAAACAAUCGACGUCGGACACCACGUAUCGGACGUUCUUUCCGAAAUAACGUAUUACGUCUAUUUAUCACGACGAUACACAAAAUCCGUCUUAUGUAAGCACGUAAGAUCGCAUUGGGUGCCUUGGGAAUAUCCGGUUUCGAUUCAAAGAUUGCACGAAUGGAGCCCGGACGAAUGUAUACCACAAUUUUUCACGGACCCCAGUGUUUUCAAGUCAAUCCACGAGGAUCUUCCAAAUUUGGAAAUUCCAAGUUGGGCUCGUUCUCCCGAAGAUUUUAUUGAGAAGCAUCGAGAAGCUCUGGAAAGUCUUUACGUCUCUGAACGUCUGCAUCACUGGAUCGAUUUAACAUUCGGUUACAAAUUGUCGGGAAUCGCAGCGAUAAAAUCGAAGAACGUGUGUCUUCAAUUGGUCGACAACCAUACGAGUCUUACGAGUUCUGGUGUUGUACAACUUUUUACGCAGCCUCAUCCUCAGAAAAUUGUACCAUCGCUUUACUGGAGUAAAAUGCCACCGCGGUUAAGAAAUUCUGCAUCGAAUCCAAAAAUAGCUAGAAGCGAGAGAUCUGGCGAAAAGAUAAGCGAAGACGAGGGUCACAGUUCCGGGAUGGACGAAGAGGAGUCUCCGAUAACGACCCUAAACGUCGCAAGGUCAUCGCCAUUGGCGCUGAGUCGCUUACUCAGUCGUUCGAGAGGUUCGUUAUUAUCGGUGGAUGAAAAUUCGAGCAAGGCUGAAAAGCCAACGGCACAAAUGAUCAUUUUACCAAAAGAUUACAAUCCGGUCGCAGCGAUAGUGCAAGUGGAAACGACACACGCUUUUAUGAACAGAGUAUCGCACCGUACGUACAAACCGGAAAUUUCACAUCACGGAGGAAUUGCGAAUUAUAAACAGAUCGUAGCUUCGGGUAGAAUGAAAGAGCAGCAAAUAAUCGGUUGUUUAAUAGUGGAGAUAUUUUUGGCAAACAAAUUUCGAGCAACGUGGAAUACAGGAAGAGUCUCGUUCGCAAAUCGACUGGAAACUUGCCUAAACGUAUUGAAAACAAGCUCAGAACCGCUGCCAAAAUGUGUACGAAACGCGGUCGCACUUCUGCUUCAAAUCGACAUAAUGCCGAAGAGUUAUGGAAUUUUUAAUGAGCUUGGCGAAGCAAUGAGAGCAGGGAGCAUAGGAAAUUUUCGUUAUCCGAUGGUGACAUGCAUGGGUUUGCCUCCACCGUCGGCUCAUCAAUUUUUGCAGCCGGUGCUGUCCGGCAGCCUUUAUCCUUCGUCAAAAUAUUUCCAGUGUCUCUUCAACCUUGUUGAAAUGUUGCAAGAAUACAACGAGCUCGUACGCGAACUGAAUUACGUGCUUCAAGAUGAGGAAGGAGGAGACAGCAACACGACGAGAACGAAAAUCCGGUAUUUGUGCAAAAUAAGCGAGUGCAAAGUCAAAUCGGUGGCUCGUGAGCUCGAAAAACUUUUGCCACAAGCUGGUGCUAACGCCAUGGAAAUGAGUCUCCAAUUGAUCGUUCCUCACGUACAGCAGAUUAUGAACGAGCCUUACAGCGCAGUAUUAGCAGCCUGGUACCUUUUCGAUCCUAUCGCAAAAGCUCUGGGUCCUCGUGAAACUUGCGACACUUUUUUGUCAUCGAUUUUGCGAUUGUACGAAAACGGAUCAGUGAUGGAUAGUCUUAAUAUAACGGACGUUUUGCCGGCAGGUUCCUUGGCGAAAUUUCGCACGAUGAGACUCUACCAUCGGAGUUUUCUGCUGAAGCUCAUGGUGCGUUUGGGCCUCCGAAGAUUUUUGGACAACUUCGUAACUCCACUGGUCGAAGCAGUCGGUGGUUACAGAGAUUAUAUCCAAGGCUCGUGCUCGUCGAAUCUCCCGAGGAGUGGGAACUUGAAGAGUUGUGAUUUAAGCGGAAAUAGCGGAGAUGGCGAGGUUAUUCUGUCCCCGUUGGACGAAGAUUCUUCUCUUGAUUCCGACAACAACGCAACUUCACUGUGCGAACAAGCAGCCGACGAAUUUUCUAAGACAACCACUCCGAUUGUUCUCGACACCGACAUCGAGGAAGUUUUCACAAUGGAAACGGAGUCCAGCCCCUCUCCAUCGGAGAAUAAUCGUAUACCGAGCAUCGAUAUACGGGCUGAAUUGAGUUUGAACCUCGUGGAAGAUCUCUGCGAAGAAGGAGUGAGAAAUUCUCCUCCGGGAAGCAUCAAAUCACCCACGAUACCGAUUCCUCGGAGAUCGGACGGUGGGGCGACCAAAUCCGUGACCGAUUUUAACAGCAUUGGAUGCCACGUUGGAAGCAAAACUUCCAGCGAAGAUAUGCCCCUCGGAGGCUCUUACGUGACAGGAAAAUCGCACGGAUAUAAUACAAACGAUUUCGACGAAGUCGAAGUCCAAAAACGUCUGAUCAUAAGAGACGACGAGGCCAAAUCUGGAAUAGACGAAGUCAUUUCACCCAUGGAAACUCGCACGUAUGGGCCUUGUGAAUGUAAAGUGUCAGAAAUGAGUGCCGAGUCCGUCAUAUGGUUGUCGCAUCGUCUCGGACCGGUUUUGACAGCUCGUCAUCUCUCGAGAAAUCUUCUUCGCAUGUUGACACUCUGCUACGCUGGAAAAUCCAAUUUGUCCGGACACCAGGACGAAAAUGGUGACUGGAACGACAACACUUUAGCCGGUGAUCUCAAUGCGGUCAAAGUCCUGGAAUGUCUGACGGCUAUUGCUGGUCUUUACGGCGAACAGAUUAUUUUGCUCCAAUAUUUAGCACACAUGACGGAGCUCUUGAGCUUAUGCAAAAGAAAAUUGACUCCGAAUUUGGAAGGGGGCCUCGUGUCCUCUCUCGCACUUCUCGUUCACAUUGCACCUUGUCUCAGCGAUUCGUUUCUCAUGGAAGCACUCCAGGAAACCAUUGUUAAAUCCAUUCUGCAUCCCACCGUUCGAGUGCUUUCAACCACCCGAUACAACUUCCCGAACGGCUCGAUCGCACGUUCAGCGUUAGCGGAAAAAUAUCUUGACGCUAUUUUCACGUUGAGCUCGAGACUCGGUGCUUCGAUGACCAAGAGUCAUUUGGCAGUCCCGAUUCAACGUUUCUUUUUGGCUUUUGACAAGGCUUUCGCACCUGUCGCUAAGAAUGAUGAGAAAUCUUCUCUCAGUGGCUCUUGCAACAAAAGCGAUCGUAAAAACGAUGCUUCUUCGGAUGAGAAUCAACGACACGACGACUGGACUCUAAUUGACAAUUCUGGCAUACAAUUGCUCUCCAGUGCCAACAACGACGUGUCCAUUUCCUACUCACCUCCGGUUCUUGAAAACGACGACGUUCCUAACACAACAAGGAAUAAGGCGUUUGAAGAAUUGAGAGAAGUUUUCACAAAGCGUUUUGCUCAUCGAGCUUAUCUUCUGUUUUACCGCCACAUCAACGAAGAAACAAUGGAGGAAAUAUUGAAGAAUCAUCGUUUAGUGAGAGAUUUGUGUCACGAAUAUGAGGCAGAAACAAGGCUAAACGAGAGCGAGGAUUAUUCCAAAGCCAAUAACCUUUCGACCCGCGAGGACGAACUUGAAGAGAGUGAAACUUUCAGCAAGGGUAUCGGUAGUUUUGGAAAUAUUUCCGUUGUAGGAAAUAGAAUAGAGGUACAAACGGAAUCAGUGGGUUCGAGAACCCAGGGAGGAGUUCCGGAGGAUGAAGAAAGGAUUUCGAGUCGUGAUAACGGGGGAUCUUCGAACGGGCGACAAUUGCGUGGCAAUUGGUUAGCUUAUUGGGAGCACGAGAUAGGACGUCCCGACAAAGACACCAAUUUCAAUCUGAAACAGAUAAAACUUCAAAACUUCGUUGGCCACACCAAUAGCAUCAGAUGUAUAUAUGUACUGGACAAUGAGAACAGUUUUAUGAGUGGUGCACGUGAUAAAACUGUCAAACUGUGGAGCUUGAGAAGUCAAGGCGAUGGAAAUACGUCCUCCUCGUGUCAAUACACGUACACGGGUCACAAAAAGUCCAUUUUGGCUUUGACGUUCCUAGAAUCACUUCGAUAUGCUGUAACUUGUGAUAGUACCGUCCAUUGUUGGGAUCCUUUCAUGGGUUCGUUGUUGGGAUGUCCAGAAAGUACGAGGCCAGCACCUGUCAACACAUUAGCUGCGAGCCCAGCACCCUCUACUUCUCUUCUUGUCGCAACGACCGACAUUACCAUAAGAGUUAUAGAUUGUCGUACUUUCCAAUAUGUAAACGAGAUGAAAGUCUCGAUGAAUCCAACCGGCUUGAUUCGCUGCAUUGCGAUCGCUCCCAGCGGUUAUUGGGUCGCGUUGGGACAGGCCUCCGGUUUUCUUACGAUUCUUGACAUUCGUACCGGGCUGAUAAUCGCCUCGUGGAAAGGUCACGAGUGCGAAAUUUUGCAGCUCGAAGCUGUCAACGAAACUACCAUCGUCAGCUCUUCUCUCGAUCAAACUAUCGCCGUCUGGAGCGCUGUCGAUGGGAAAUUGAAGUUUCAUCUCAAAGGGGCAACAGAACCAGUUCAUUGCAUGGCCAUUUACGAACAACAACUCGUUUCGGCCACAACGGCCAACAGAAUCGGCGUUUAUACCGCAGUCGAUGCAAACUCUUCUUUUGUCUCGUCCAAAUUACGAUCUGAUGCCUUUCGAGGAGUUAUCACUGCCAUGGCAGUUCUACCACUCAAUAGACUAUUGUUACUCGGAGCUGACAAUGGCGGUAUCACUUUGUUGUGCUGAUUUUCGAAUCUCUUUAUUUUUAUCAAAAGCGGCAAUGUGAAUAUAUUAUAUUCGUAUUUAUCAAGUGGUGGAUCGUAGAUCACGUGAACUCAGUCAAUUUAGGAUUUAAGUUUUUCAUGAAAUGUCAAUCAAUAAAAUCAUUGAAUUAGAAA